AUGGGUGGUGUUUCUGCUGCUGUGUCCAAGACUGCUGCUGCUCCAAUUGAGCGCGUAAAGCUCUUGAUUCAGAAUCAGGAUGAGAUGAUCAAGGGAAUCGGAGACUGUUUUAGCCGAACUAUGAAGGACGAGGGAAUGGUAGCAUUGUGGAGAGGGAACACAGCAAAUGUCAUCCGUUACUUCCCAACUCAGGCCUUAAACUUUGCGUUUAAAGAUUACUUCAAGAGCCUGUUCAACUUCAAGAAGGACAGGGAUGGCUACUGGAAAUGGUUUGCAGGUAACUGGCAUCUGGUGGUGCUGCUGGUGCCUCUUCUUUAUUCUUUGUCUAUUCUUUGGGACUAUGCUCGUACCCGUCUUGCAAAUGAUUCCAAGGCUGCAAAGAAGGGAGGAGAGAGGCAAUUCAAUGGCUUGGUUGAUGUCUACAAAAAGACUCUCAAGUCAGAUGGUAUCGCUGGCCUUUACCGUGGCUUCAACAUUUCUUGUGUUGGCAUCAUCGUGUACCGUGGUCUGUACUUUGGAAUGUACGAUUCUUUGAAGCCUGUGAUCCUCACUGGAAGCUGCAGCUUUGGUCUUGGUUGGGUUAUCACCAACGGCGCUGGACUUGCUUCUUACCCAAUUGACACUGUCCGUAGAAGGAUGAUGAUGACGUCUGGUGAAGCCGUCAAGUACAAGAGCUCGCUCGACGCUUUCUCUCAGAUCCUGAAGAAUGAGGGUGCAAAAUCUCUCUUCAAGGGUGCCGGUGCUAAUAUUCUUCGUGCAGUUGCUGGGUGCUGGUGUGCUUGCAGGUUAUGA